AUGACGUGGAUUGAUGUUGAAGAAGGUUUUGGAUUCAGAGUUACUGCUGAAGUAGCAAUUGACAUCCUUGUAAAGUCUUAUGGAUCAUCUGAGAUUAAAAACCAAGUUAAUAAUGUAGUGGCAACAAUAACUGAAAGUAAUUCAGGAGCAGUUGGGAAGAAGAGGGUCAACGCCACAUUCCUCACUCAGUGCCUCGUUCUUAUGAGAAGAUCUUCGCUGCGAUUGUUUCGUGACUUGAGCAAUUACUGGCUGCUUCUUGUUGUCUUUAUUGCAGUAGCUAUUAGCAUGGGUUCCAUGUUCUAUAACAUUGGCUCAAGGAAGAGGGUCUCUGCUUACUUUUUUGAUAUCAACUCUGGCUUUCAUGGCUCUUAUUGGUGGAUUCGCUCCAUUAAUGGAGGAAAUGAGGGGCUGCAGAGAGGUUUAGAACACUUUGUGUACUUUGCUUCUGUUCUGUUUGCCAUUGUGCUUUGGGUUGAGAGCCUCAUGAUGGUUGUGGGGAGUAUGUUUCCCAAUUUCGUAACCGGCAUGAGCAUUACCUGCGGAAUUCAAGGACUAACCAUCUUAACUGGUGGAUUCUACAGGCUGCCAAACAAUCUUCGAAAACCAUUUUGGAAAUACCCCUUUUACUACCUUUCUUUCCUUAAGUAUGCUUUCCAAGGAUCUUUCAAGAAUGAAUUUGAAGGCUUAAAAUUUUCCAUGGAACAAGGUGGAAGUGCAAAAACCAUUAUUAGUGGUAGAGACAUUUUGACAAACACAUGGCAGGUGGAAAUGGGGCAUUCCAAGUGGGUUGAUCUUGCCAUCAUGUUUGGGAUGAUUCUUGUUUUUAGGAUUGUGUAUUUGGCUAUUACAAAAAGCAAGGAGAAGUUGAAACCUCUUGCUGCUUCCAUUAACAAUCACCCAACAAAAGGUGGAAAUGGCAUUGUGCUUCUUCUCCGUCUCUCCGUCGACGAUGACCGGUUGGAACUUCCUGCAACAUGGCUCCCAGUUCCUCUCAUGGGGGACAGCUAUUGGUGUACACAACAGAUGCAGAAGGAGACGUUGAUGGAGAGAACCACAUUGAGGGGAGGCCAAUGA